CAGCUGCCCCGGGAUGGAGGGCCCCCACAGAGUUGGGGACGUUGGGGUUGCGCAAACGCGUUUCCGGGAAUCCUCAUUUCUGCUGCACCUCCCCCAAUUUCGAGCUUCUUUUCUCUUGUCAACAACGAGCUCAUCGCGAGCAGUUGGUCCGCUCUUUUACCACCCUGCCCCCAACACAACAACACAACAGCAACACCCGGUCCAAUUACACGAACAUUCAUUGCAUUGGUUCAUCCAUUCUUUCCUCCGGGGUCUUGCUCUCUCCCAUCGCCCUUCACAUCACCACCACGAUGCCUACCAAAGGCCACCAACGGUCGCGUUCCUCCAUCGACCGGGUCAUUGAUCUGCUGGCAGAUCUUGAAGACACCCAAAUCAGCGUCCUCCUCGAUGACCUGAACCACACCACCUCGAGCAACGUCGCUGUGACGGAUGCAAUUGCCCUUUUCGACCACCAUGCGAACAAACCAAAGAGGAAGAAGUCCUGCCGGUCUCCGUCUCCAAUGAGGACCCUGCAGGUCGAGCUCGAGCGACGUCACAGCAAAAGAAUUUCGGCCGCACCAGAACGACAGUCUCGCUACAGGGCAGCCAUCACCCAACCCCCAGCGCCCCGGGAACCAGCAACGCCGUCUCCAUCGCCGUCGCCGCCGCCCACGGAGGACCUCUUUGGCCGACCCGAUUCCCCCGACCGUCCCUCGCUCAUCCUCCCCCCGCAAGCGUCGUUCGAGCACCCCAAGGCCUCCUCGGCGGGGCCACCGCCAGUCUUUCGCCCUCGUUCGUACAAGAGGAUCAGUCGUCCCAUGUUCCUCUCACCGACUGCGACAGCCGAGCUUCACCUGUUACUCCUUGCCUUCUUCAAUGAGACAUCGGCUUUGCCAGUUUCGCCGACGACAACCGCGACCCCCCCUUCCCCGACACGGACACCAAGCUUUUCCGGUGGGAGAAGUCUCAAGACGAUGCCCAGCAUCAGCAGCAUAUUCGAGGUUAUGAGGUCGCAGUAGACGAUUAAUUACUUUUAAAGGUUUUGUAGUAUCACCAAGCGUUUAGGGUGUAAUUUGUACGAUGGGAUACUGAGAAUGAUAUCCGAGCUACGGAGCUCUGUUGGAAAACGUUCCGCUCCCGACAUGGCGCCCGUUUGACCAGUGCCGGGGAUUCCCACGCGUACUAAUUAUGCCCGCUCUGCACUUCUCUUCAGACACGGCUCGAGGCUUCUAUAAUUCUUAUGACUCUGUCACCUUUCCUCAUAUCCAUCUUUUCACCAGUGGUAAACAACGAGAAUCACAGCUGUGGGUUGAGUGGGUAUCAACGAACACGCUAUUAGGGUAAACUAGUGUAUCACGGGAAUCCUGAGAAGGGAUGAAAUACGAAUACAACGAUCUAAUAUUUUCAUAAUGA